CACCUACGAAUCUUCCGGUGAGAGUUUGGCUGAAGUCAUAUGUCUCACAACUGUAAACGGUACUUCAUUUUGUAGCGGGGGUGAAUAAUGCUUAGGAAACGGUACGGAAACUUGUUUAAAAUGGGCCUCGCUUUCGCUUUAUUGGGACAUCUUGGACAGCCAGGCGUUACCAAAGGGUACAGAAACACACUGUGCUAGUUUUAGUUGACCUCCUUAAUUUAUUGCAACAUAAUUGCUGCUCGGAAACGUCUGAUUUGUCGCAUUUCCUCUUUCGAAGAAUAUUUCGCCAUUUUCUACUAUAUUACGAGUAUUAAAACUCAAGGAAGACCGCUGUGUUCCUCCUUACAAUGUCGGAGCACAUGACUGUUGGAGAGGAGUAGAAGUUUUCUCACGGACCAGGAACACCUGACACCCUUCUCUCUCUCUGCGCUCCCCCCGCCGGCAUGACCCUCGGCGCCGUGUCCGGCUCCGACAGCUCGUCGGCGGUCAGCUUCUGCUCCUGCUGCGGGGCAAAGAUGGUGCCUUACUUCAGCGACGACGCGGUGGUGUCUAAAAAUCAGAUCAACCAGCUUAUCAGUGAGAGCUUCCUCACUGUGAAAGGUGCAGCCCUGUUCCUUCCUCGGGGUAAUAGCCCCACGCCUAACUCUGCACCUCGUAUCAGCCAGCGCAGAAACAAGCACACAGGUGACCUCCAGAAACACCUUCAGACCAUGUUCACUGUGCUGCGGCCGGAGGACACCAUCCGACUGGCUGUGCGUCUGGAGAGCACCCACCCGCAGACAACCCGUUACAUGGUGGUGGUCUCCACCAAUGGUCGACAGGACACAGAGGAAAGCAUUGUACUCGGCAUGGACUUUGUCUCCCCUGAUAGCUGCUGUACGGUCGGCCUGGUUCUACCUCUGUGGAGUGACACUCUGAUCCACCUGGAUGGAGAUGGUGGUUUUAGUGUGUCAACAGUGAACAGGGUUCAUGUCUUCAAGCCAGUUUCAGUCCAAGCCAUGUGGUCAGCCCUCCAGUCGCUCCACAAAGCUUGCGAGGUGGCUCGCUGCCAUAACUACUACCCAGGCAGCCUAUUCCUGACCUGGGUCAGCUACUAUCAGAGCAGGAUCUCAUCCAACCAGUUCUGUAUCAACGAGUGGAAUGCCAUGCAGGACGUUGAGUCACACCGUGCCAACUCACCCGUUCUCUUCACAGACCUGCCCACAGAGAGAGAGCGCACAGAGAGACUCAUCAAGAUUCGCCUCAGAGAGAUAAUGAUGCAGAAGGACUUGGAGAACGUCACCUGCAAAGAGAUCCGAACAGAGCUGGAGAUGCAGAUGGUUUGUAACCUGAGGGAGUUUAAGGAGUUCAUAGACAAAGAGAUGAUCGUCAUCCUGGGACAGAUGGACAGCCCCACUGAGAUCUUUGAGCAUGUUUAUCUGGGCUCUGAGUGGAAUGCCUCCAACUUGGAGGAGCUGCAGAACAGUGGAGUGCGCUACAUCCUCAACGUGACCAGGGAAAUAGACAACUUCUUCCCAGGGAUGUUUGAGUACCACAACAUCAGAGUGUAUGAUGAAGAGGCCACCAACCUGCUGGAGUACUGGAACGACACCUACAAGUUCAUCACCAAAGCCAAGAAAGCUGGUGUUAAGUGUCUGGUUCACUGUAAAAUGGGCGUGAGUCGCUCUGCCUCCACAGUGAUUGCCUAUGCUAUGAAAGAGUAUGGCUGGGACCUGGACACUGCCUUCGACUAUGUGAAAGAGAGACGAGCGGUCACCAAACCAAAUCCUUCCUUUAUGAAACAGCUAGAGGAGUAUCAGGGAAUUCUCAUGGCCAGCAAACAAAGGCAUAAUAAGCUAUGGCGCUCCCACUCUGACAGCGACCUGUCAGAUCGCCCAGUGUCUACGUGUAAACCUUCGUUACAAUCCCUGGGGCACUCUGACUCUCACAACAACAACACCUCCCCCUCCUUACAGCACUUCCUGGGUGUGGCUGUGCUGCAGGCACUUGGUGCUGAACCUGAAGAUUCUGCCAGAUCUAACACCGCACACACCUCUGACUCACACAUGCACUCCAAUGCUGUGUGUGACUCACUGGUUCAGGGGGAGGUCAGAUCAGAUUGUGACGAUCCCUUCCUGCUUCCCCUCCCCAGACCCCAAGCAGCUACUGUAGUCCCAGAGGAAAGACUGGACAAUUCAGCAAGCGUGGCUGUCACUGUUCCUGUUGGUGUACCCCACCCGCCACCAUUGCUCCACAUCCUACCUCCUACUCCUGAACUCCAGCGUGCUCACCACAGUCGUCCCACGCAGCUGUUCGUUUCAGCACCCAAACACAAACCAGGGGAACUUUCCCUCAAUUUGCCUGAGGGAAGCAGCUCAGAAGAAAUCUCUCCUCUCACACUGGGAACCACUGACUCAGAAACAAUAGACCUAUCACUGUCAGAUUUAACAAACGACAAGCACAGCCCCCUCAGCCAUGCUACCACAACCCUGCUUCCCCUUGUUCCCAGUGAUGCUAACAACAAUCCCAGUGAGUUACAGAUAGGCAGUGCCCUUGCCAGCCGAGACGAGGCAGAUGGGUCAUCCAGCAACAGCGCGGACAGCAUCAAUUUCUUCAGUGCCCGAGAAAGGUUUCUGGGCUUGGGCCAAGAUGGCAGAACUCAGACACUUUCAGAGCAGCUGGUGCAGAGGACACCUCUGACACAUGAGGAAAAUGAAGAUACAGAGGAAGAGGAACAGGGGAAUGGCAGUCAGGUAUCUCUGGAGUCCGAGGACGGCAGUGACAAAUCCAGCCCUGACCGAACUCAUCAUCCUCACUAUGACAACGGAGUAUCAGUCCGCCAUAUUGUCACUGAGAUUGAAGCCAUAUGCCACCCUGCCUCUUGCCUUCCUACCACCUCUUCAUCGCUCCCUCCAUCCUCCCACAGCCCUCAGCUCAUCCAACUGGAACAGCAAGAGGAGGCAGAGACUUCUGUAGUCACACAUGGCUCUUCAACUGCACCUUCACACUCACAGCCUCUCUUUGUGCUGCCGUGCGACUGGCUGGCAGGCUCUGUGCGGCAUGCAACCAAGCAGCUGGAGCAGAAGCUGAGACAGGAAAUGGAGAUGGUCACAUCUCAGCGAUCCCCACUGCAUUCCCCCAGCACUGAACACUCUCCUGUCAGACUGUCCCAAUGCUCUCUGAGCACUGAACAUCCUCCCCUUUGCUCCCCUCUGCACUCUGGAGAACAAAAGCUUACUCAGGGCGAGCUCACGGCUGUUUCUGCUCAGUCCACAGACAAAGAGACACAUACAGGGUUGCAACAUGAGUUUCAACGACUCGACUCCUCAGGCACAGACAACCUCCCAGACCCUAACGCGAACAUUAGCCGAGUUUCUGGUGCUAUACCUGUCAAUGUGCACACAUCCACAGAUAGCCAUAUGCUGACAUCAUCACUGGCCUCUACUUGCCAAUUUGUAGAGUCAUCACUAGAUACCUCAGCCCAGACCCAAAGACAGAACCAGCUCCACAGCCAAAACCAGACUCUGCCCCAAGCCUGUUCAAAUCAAAUGACUCUAGACGGGGUGACGGUUGAAGAGUCAGACACAGAUAAGAGGCUGGAGUCCAGUUCCCAUGGCAGGCAAGGGAACUGUGAUCCCAGCUGUGAUGCUCAGAAGAGGCUGGCACGUGGCACGCAGGAGCUGGAGAGGAUUCAGCAGACACUGAGAGAGCUGCGGGCUUUCCUCCACAAAGGUGUCAGCUUGGAGAUGGCAGACAGUGAAGUACAUGAAGUCCAUAGUGUGUCUCAUCCUCAGGGGCUGAGAGACUCUAUGGAUACAGUGAUACAACCAUGUAAAAGAGCGAGUUCUGAACAGACACCUUCAGGCCUGGAAGUAGGGCAGCGGCUCCGACAAAGACCAGAAGGCAAGAAGAGUUCCCUGGAGCAAACAGGUUGGCACAGGCCCAUGGGGCUCGAGGCACGUAUCCGCCAGGCAGGCCUCACUCCUCCUUCUUUUAUGAAAAGGUCAGCCUCCUUGGCUAAACUGGACUGUCUUGAGCUGUCAGCCAAUGACCUCAGCGACUUGGACCUGAGGGCACAUACCAGGACAUCACACUCCCAGGACUCCUUUUCUUUGUCCCCAGCUCAUCCGGACGACACCUGGAAGAAGCAGAAAGUCCUAGCUCAAAACAUUUGUGUUGACAAGACAUGUUUGUCCCCUGAUGACUCAGCCUUGCCAGUGUCACUCUGUCUCCCUUGUCCAAAAGAAAAUGCAGGUGAGAAGGAGGAGUCGGAUGGCAGCGGGAGCAGCACGGCCACCUCAUCACGUCAGCAGGGGAGAGGGCACUCGUCAAGACGUUCUCGCACAUCGUCUGCUGAGAAAAAGCAGCAAGCCGCUCUACUAUACAAUACCAUGUGACCUCAGUGCAGUGGACUGAAACAGACACGACUGGAACUGUGCAUGUGUGAGAGUGGGUGCAUGAUCUGUACGAAUGUGCAGCAGAUAAAUUAUAGACCCUGUGUAACUUCUGAUGUAUGUAUAGCAUCUACAAAAUGAAUGAUGAAUAUAUGUUUGCAUGUAAACCACUGGAUAUGCUGUUUUAACUGGAGUUCAGAUCUGUAUGUACAGUAAUGAAAUAUGAAUGUCUGAAUUAAGACUGAACCAGUGCAUACUGUAUGCACUCCAUUAUGUCUGUCUCUUUGUUUUGUUUUUUUUAAGGAGCGUUUGUUUUCAGUGUGUGACCCUCACUGCCUGUUCAGGGGUUUCCAAAACUACAAGAGGGCUUUUUCUCAAAAUCAUGCACUUUACUGUUUUAGAUGAUUUUCUUUUAAAUUUAAAAUCAAUUUUUUAUCCUGGGGAGGAUUAUUUUUGCACUGAUCUCAGUAGACUUGUCUCUGGCUGCAUGUUUUUGUUUUCAAAGUGGACAGACCUGUCUGUGUUCAGAUUUUAACUGAACCAGGACAAAGCUGAUGCAGUUUCAUUUCCCCCCGGUCUUUUAGCAUUAAAUAAAUAUGGUGAGUUUGUUUUCACUACA